AUGAAAUCGUGGUUCGCUGUACUCAUAUCGAUUGCAGUAAUUCUGCUAUUUCAAACCGCUGACUCCCAACAGAUUCUCACACAAAGCAUCAGGUACAUAACUCAAGAAUUGGCUUCAAAUGAAAAGGCAACAGAAAUUAUCGAAUUUCAAACUGCUCUGAUCCAACAAAUAAACUCAAAAAUGCCUCAAGGCCUAGACCUCUUCUGUGAUUACACUAUUUUUUCACCAGAAAGUGUUCUGGUCAAAGAGUCUGCUCACGACUGACAGGUUGGAGACCUUUUUGUUCAUAAUGGUUUUUCCUUUGCUCUUCUGAUUGCCAUUGCAGUCCUUUCUGGAUUUUUCUUAGGGAACUCGUUUCGAUCUUGCAACAAUGAGCCUGAUUCCCCACUUCCAGCAAUAACUUUGCCACCCAGAAGAAGAUCGAUUGCUGAAAAAGAGAAGCAGACCUUAUUUGAAUUUAUGUCAGAAAACAGAAGUUCUCCAAAGAUGGCAAAAGAAAAGCCGAGCCAGGUGACCAUAACUCCCCUCCUCUGUGGGCGAUUAAAACCUUCAAAAUUAAUAUUUUUAAGCAAAACCUACUUUCCUUCGCGCAGGCAAUAAUUAAAUUAAUAUGAAAAAUUAUAGAUCAUUGUAAUAAAAUCUCUUGCUAUUUCUAUUGAUAUAACCAAAUUUUCUGUCCUAAUUUUUAAAAACUAUAUAUAAAAUUUAAAAGAUAAAAAUCCAAAUUCAUGAGCUAACAAAAUUUUUCACAUAAACUCGGAGGGGAGUAAGAAUCAACUAUGACAAUGCUCCUGAAGCCUUAUCGAACUUUACUUUGCAUUUACCAUCAAAUAGUCAGAAAAGCAACAAGCACGAGUCUACAACUGAAAAUAAGCUUAUCAAAGAUAGUGUAAAUAAAUAUGAAAAACUCCUUCAAAAUGGCCAUGGAGCCCGAAAUUUUGAGGUCGUUUCAAUGCUUGGAAGAGGUGGCUUUGGUAGCGUAUUCAAGGCACGUCAUCUUCUUGAUGAGCAAUAUUAUGCUAUCAAAGUUAUAAGAAUCAAGGUUGGGCUAAAUCAAAGCUUAUACGAGCACAAGGCUUUUCGAGAGGUUUUAUCCAUGAUGCAGCUUAACUCAAAGCACGUUUUGCGCUAUUACAACUGUUGGCUAGAAAGUGAGGGUGACCAUAAUAUUAGAUCCACUGAGUCAACAGAUCAAAAAGAUGAAGAAAGUGAGUCUUCUGAACUAAGCAGCUCCUCAAGCUCUUUGGCCUCAAUUUCUGAGCCUUAUUUCCAGCUUAACCUCAAUAUUCAAAUGGAAUAUAGCAAGGGUUGUACCUUGAAAAACUGGCUUGAAAGACCGGAAAGAGGAAUUGAGAGAAGGGAAAACGUUCUGCUUUUUAGGCAGCUUUUGAAAGGAGUUUUACAUAUUCAUCAAUGCAAUUUUAUUCAUAGAGACUUAAAGCCAGCCAAUAUCUUCGUGGAUAAAGAGUUGUGUGUAAAGAUUGGGGAUUUCGGACUUGCUGUCAUAAACAAUUAUUUGGAAGCUGAGCCGUCAACCCCACUUGAAAAAGCUCACUCUUCAAAUGUUGGAAGUCCGCUUUAUCUGGCACCAGAACAGGAAAAUGGGUUUAGUUAUGAUGAAAAAGUGGAUGUUUACCCGCUGGGUAUGAUAUUGCUAGAACUUUGUGUAAAAAUGGAAACUGACCAUGAACGAUAUUUGCUCCUCAAAACUCUAAGAUACAAGCAUGAACUUCCCAAAGAAGUCGUAGAAAAGUUUGGAGUGGAAAGCGAGAUGAUUCUUUGGCUUACUGCGAAAGAUCCCAGUGAUCGCCCAUCUAUUUCUGAAAUUAUGAAAAGCAAGCUGAUGGAGAGAUGGGAAAGCGAAUUUCAGCUCUCACCUCUUAAUCAUAAUUUAUAA